CCGAAAAUAGGAAAUAGCAUCUCCCCCUUCUACAGAGUACCUGGACAUGAGAUGGGCAUGCCGAUUUGCCUCCCGAUAGACGUGUCUGUAGGAAACCGACCAAUCCAUAGACCACCUCUUCAAAUAUUCCACCGUUUUCCUCCAUCUACCUCCAACUUCAUCCGAGAGUAAGGAGAUAGCCGUCUGCGAGUCCGAUUCAACCUCAAAACUCCUAUAUUCAAGCUCACCUGCCCAAGUGACUGCGGAGUGGAGCGCCAUAAGUUCUGCCUCGUUGGAAGACCUUGCCUCCAAUGGGAAAUGACAACCAGCCAAAAAAUCACCAGACCGAGACCUCAGUACCGCACCACCAGCUGAACCAGAAGAAUAAAACGAGGCAUCGACAUUCAACUUGAAAGCCAACCCAGGAAUGUUUGAAGGAGAAAGUUGAAGAUUUAGACCACCUAACAGACUGAAAGGCUGAGGAGACAGAGAAGCAGCCAUUGGCCUCAGGAAGGAGCCCAGAUAUUUCAUUGGAAGGUUCACCUUGGUCAUUUGCAGAAGUUUCUCCAUUUUUCUGAUGCUGCACAGUGAAGUUCUUCCACAAACAAAAUUACUUUUAUCAAAAUUAAUAGCUUGUCCUGAUGCUCUCUGAUACAGCCCAAUAAUUUUUUUGAAAUUCAUAAGAGAUCUGGCCUCCCCAUUAAUAAAAAUCAGAAUAUCAUCAGCAAAACAUAGGUGGGAUACAGGGUAGCCAGUUUGUCCAAUCCAGUAAGGCUUACUUUGAGAUCGAGAAAUAAGAGAUUUAAGCCCCCUGGAUAGAGCUUCAGUGGCUAGGAUAAAUAAAAAAAAGGGGAGAGUGGGUCCCCUUGUUUAACCCCCCUCAUGGGCUGGAAGAAACCCCUAGGAACACCAUUAAUGAGCACAGAAAAAUGGGAUGCCUUAAGGUGAUUUAAUACCAAAGUAGUAAACUGGGAAGAGAACCCAAACUUAUGAAGCACACCCUCCAGAAAGGUCCAAAAUUUUCAUGUGUACUAGAAAAAUUUAUGUGUAUACUUCGAAUUUAGUUGGACGGUGUGCUUCAAAUUUACCAAAAUUUAUGUGUAUACUUCAAAUUUUUCUUGACAUUUUCUAUGUGUAUUUAAGGGUAAAGAUGAAGCUCUUGAAAAAUUCUUAAUUUUUAAGAAUGAAAUAGAGAAUAAAAUUGGCAAGAAAAUUAAAAGGUUAAGAUCUGAUACGGGAGGAGAGUAUACUUCGAAUUUAGUUGUACUAGCUAGAAUGCCUAAAAUAUGGUAUAGUACAUGAUGAAGAAACACCUCCUUAUUCACCACAAUCAAAUGGGGUAGCUGAACGGAAAAAUAGAACUUUUAAAGAUAUGAUUAACAGUUUGUUAGAGAAUUCUGGAUUACCUAAGUUUAUGUGGGGAGAAGCAUUGAAUACGGUUUGCCAUAUUCUGAAUAGGAUUCCAAUGAAACAUAAAGAUAAGUGUCCAUUUGAACUCUUGAUAGGCAGAAAACCAAGUUUGAAAUAUUUUAAGGUGUUGGGCUAUCUUGCAAAAGUAUUAGUCCCUGAACACAAAAGAAAGAAACUUGGGCCUAAAACUGUUGAUGCUACUUUUAUUGGUUAUGUUGAACAUUCUUAUGCAUUGAGAUUUUAGGUUAUUAAAUCUGAAAUUUAUGGCAUAGAUGUUAACACUAUUGUAGAACUUCGUGAUGCUAUUUUCUUUGAAGAUGUUUUUCCGAUGAAAACGGGUGUGCCCCAAAAUACUUCUUUUAAAAAUCAAGAAAGUACACUUAAUUCAAUUCCUGAUCAAGUGGAAAAGAUGACAAAUGUUGGGGUAGAAUCUAAUAGUUUUAGUCAUAUUGAUUUUGAAUCAAAUGAUCUAGAUGAGCCUAGGAGGAGCAAAUGAGCUAGGAUCACUAAGGAUUUUGGAAGUGAUUUUGUCACUUACAAUAUUGAGGGUUAUCCAAUUUCCUUUAGAGAUGCAAUGGCUACAUCUGAAGCCAUCUAUUGGAAGGAUGCAAUUAAAAGUGAAAUGGACUCUAUUGUUCAAAAUGGAACACGGAAUCUUGUUGACCUUCCUCCUGGUUGUACAACUAUUGGAUGUAAAUGGAUUUUAAAAAAGAAGUUAAAACCAGAUGGAACCAUUGAUAAAUAUAAGGCCAGAUUAGUCGCUAAUGGCUAUAAACAAAAAGAAGGUAUUGAUUUUUCGAUACAUAUACUCCUGUUGCAAGAAUGACUACAAUAAGAAUGCUUAUAGCCUUGGCCUCCGUAUAUGGUCUUAAAAUUCAUCAAAUGGAUGUUAAUACAGCUUUUCUUCAUGGUGACCUUGAAGAAGAAAUUUAUAUGGAUCAGUCUGAGGGAUUUGUGGCAAAAGGCAAUGAGAGAAAAGUUUGAAAAUUAAUUAAGUCCUUAUAUGGACUUAAGCAAGCCCCUAAGCAAUGGAACGAAAAAAUUGAUAAAAUAAUUUCUUCGUUUGGAUUUACUCUUAUAGAUGCUGAUCAAAAUGUUUAUUAUAAAUGUAAAGGUGAUAUAAGUAUUAUUUUAUGCCUAUAUGUUGAUGAUAUGUUAUUAUUUGUCACUAAUGAUAAUAUUAUUUUUGAGACUAAGUCAUUUUUGAAAACAAAGUUUGAAAUGAAGGAUAUGGGGGUGGCGGAAGUAAUUCUUGGGCUAAAGUUGACUAGAUCAACCGAAGGCAUUUCUAUUUCUGAGUCUCAUUAUAUUGAAAAAUUAAUUGAGAAAUUUGGAUUUAAAAAUAGUAGAGUUGCUAAAACACCCUAUGAUCCUUCUGUAGCUUUGUAUAAAAAUGAAAGUGGUGUUCUCGUGUCUCAAUUAAAAUAUUCUCAGGUGAUUGGUAGCUUGGGUUACUUAGCUAACUGCACUAGACCUGAUAUCGCAUUUUCAGUGUCUAAACUUAGUCGGUACACUUGUUGUCCAAACAGAACUCAUUGGGAGGACUUAGAUAGAGUAUUUAGAUACUUGAAAGAAACUAUUUUUUUGGACUUGCAUUAUGGUAAUUAUCCUCCUGUUCUUGAAGGAUACAGUGAUGUAAGCUGGAUAGCCAAGAACUCUGUGAGUUAUGGGUGUACCGACUAUUUGUUUACGUUUGGUGGUGGGGCUGUUGCCUGGAAGUCCACAAAACAAACUGUACUUUCCCGGUCUACUUUAGAGGCUGAAUUAUGUGCAUUAGAUACUACAUGAAUUAGUCCGAGUUACCUAUAUUCAGCAAGCCAAUUCCACCUAUCUAUUUGCAUUGUGAUAGUAUGAGUACAAUUGCAAAAAUUAGGAGUACCAAGUAUAAUCAAAAGACUAGGAGACACAUUCAAGUUAGAUUAAAAACUAUAAGGAAAUUUUUGUCUCAAGUUAGAUUAAAAACUAUAAGGAAAUUUGUGACUCAAGGGGUGUUUGCUGUUGAUUUUGUUGGAUCCAAAGAUAAUACAGCGCGCGGACCCGUUAACAAAAGGACUUGAUUUAAAUCAAGUGAUAAAAUCAAGGUUAGGAAUGAGACUGAAAUCCAAUAAUUAUUCAUCUACGAUAGCAACCCAACCUAUCUGAGUGGAGAUCACAUAAAGUAGGUUUAAUGUGGUAUGAACAAACCGUAGAGUGAAAUGUGCAUCUCAUUAAAAUAAUUUUUUAUGAGUUCUAUUCCUUGAUAAGCUUUAGAGAUGCUGAAAUUGCUAAGUUAGUAAGAGAUUAAGACUCUGGAUGGGAUCAAGCUUUAAUAACAGAGUGUUAGCAAUGCACUCUUGGAGAUGCCCAACUAUGAAAAUGUUACUGUGUGGCCACAAUAAGAGAAUGUGAGUUUAUUCUCGAUAAUAUUCUUGAGACAGGAUCGGACGCACGGCCGUAAAGCGUCACCCUAUGGAUCGUUGUCAUUGUCGUUAGUGUGUUGCUUUUAUCACACGCCUACACAAUCAAGGCUCGAGUUCAAGAACUCUGUUCACUCAGUUCCUGUGGGGGUUAGGGGUAAGAGCUUAGAAUUUGGUUCAAACCGGAAGGUACCAUAUUUGAAAGCACACUAUGUCUUCUAGAGUUGAGUCUACAACUAUGGAUUUGUGGGGGAUUGUUGAAAAUAUGAUGGAAAAAUAUAUUUUCAGGGGAUUCAUUUAUGAGUCCUAAGGAUAAAUGUGUCAAAUAUGAUUUGGAAAUAAUAUAUCAAAGUACAACUUUUACUGAUUGGAUUAUAACUAACAAAAUAAUCCAUACUUGUAAAGGUUGUAAAGUGAUGUAUUAAUAUGAUGAAUUUUGUCACCUAUAAAAUAAAAGCUCUUAUAGCAAAUUAUUUUAUCUGAUGAGGAACAUUAUUCAAGUAUCAUUUUAAAUAACUUGAGUUGAGGAUUGCUUGCAUUUUGACAAAAAUUGAGACUAGCAAAAUGCGAACAAUUUUAUUUUAAUAAAACGUGCAUGGGAGCAAAUGUAUUCAGUUUUGAAUUUAAAAUUGAAAUGUGAGCUGCUUGAAUUGAUCCAGCCGUUAUAUCCAUAAUGGUGCUUAAUAUUUUGGAUUAGAAUUACAGUCAUGAUUUCCGUUUCAUGCAUUUGACGAACAUCAAAUUCUGAUUUCCGUUGAAAACAAUCUGCUGCAUCUCUGUUUGUACUUCGUAUUUACAGGAGGUCUUUUCCAUGCUCGAAACAUUACGUACGUAGAAAGAAGAGUACCUCUCUUUCCCAUUCAAUAGCCUUUUGUUUAUGAAGAAGCAUUUGAUCGAAUUGCCUUCCUUGAUCCAUAUUGCCUCUCCUUCCCCCCCCACCCCCCCCCCCCCCCAAAAAAAAGAAAUAUUUGCUGUCCAUCAUAUCCUUUCAAGUUAACUCUAUUAAUCGGCAAAUUUGGCAACGGUCGAAGGUUUCAGUCGAGGUAGAUACGAGUCUGAAACGUGGUAAGAUUAUCCUGGGAGCGAGCUAGCCAGACCCGUCUGAAUAGCUAUCGGGAUACGGGGGCUAUCUUUCUUCAAGGCCAGUCCGUUUUAACGGGUGAUCCUGCGAUAAGUUUUCUUAUCUU